GUGGGCGGGCACUUCCGGUGAGGGCGCGAGGCGGCGGCGGCGGUGGCGGCCAUGGCGCCUCACGUUUUCCUCACAGGAUCCCCAGGAGUCGGGAAGACGACGCUGGUCCGGAAAGCAGUGGGAGCGCUGGAGGCGGCGGGGGUGCCGGCGGACGGGUUCUACACGGAGGAAGUGCGCCGAGCCGGGAGGAGGGUCGGCUUUGACGUGGUCACCCUGUCAGGACUGCGUGGGCCCUUGUCCAGAGUCAGCUCGGACCUCUCCCCAGGAAGCCGGGCCCCCCGGGUGGGGCAGUAUGUGGUGGACGUGGCUUCGUUGGAGCGGCUGGCUCUUCCCACGCUGAGCCCUGUGGCCGCCGGCGACAGCGGCACCGUGGGGAAGAAGGUGUGUGUCGUCGACGAGGUUGGCAAGAUGGAGCUGUGCAGCGAGGCCUUCGUCCAGAGCGUCCGCCGCGUCCUGUCGGCCCCGCGGCUCGUGAUUCUCGGCUCCAUCCCGCUGCCCAAGGGCCGGCCGCUGGGGCUCGUGGAGGAGAUCCGCGCCCGCCGGGAUGUGACGCUCUUCGUGGUCACCAAGGAGAACCGAGACCAGAUUUUGGACGACAUCGUGGCGGCCGUGCGGGGCUGCAGGGACUGACCUCUCCCCGCUCCCAAAGCUCCCCCGCAGGUGAAGUCGGGGGAGAGGAGGGCGGGCAGGCGGCCCCCGCCAAAGACCUCCCAAGGCCGAGCUGGGCAGAGCCCAGGCCGGCCCACUGUGCCGAUCAGGGUGUCGGCUCUGCUGCCCGCUGGCGGGGCCCACGCAGAGGGAGGGUUGGGUCGGGGCCGGGGGCUUCCGUCUCACUGGAGGCGGGCGGGGAUCUGGGGAGAUGGCACAUUGGUGGGAAUGGGGAGGACCGGCGGGGUGCGCCGGGCCAUCCUUCCGAUCCUGGCACCGCUCUGGCAGCGGCCGGGGGGCGUUGGCGAGGCUGCCCCGGCACUCGUCGUGGGUCCGGUCCCCCCUCCCCUUCCCGUCUGCCGCUCACAGGCUGUCACAAUAAACACGGACACUUGCACCACA